AUGAUGAUUCGCAGUCACGUUGGUGCUCCCACCAAUCCGACACACUCCAGUCGCCAUUUGCUCCAUGUUCAGGACCUUUCUAAACACAAGAGAACGAUUUCAGCACCUGACUUUGCGCCAGCGGAGGCGAACCGCGGGCCUGAUGCUCUGAGGACAUCCAUGCGACCUGAGGGCAAAGCCGCUUCUGAGUCUGCAGAUGAGGAGAUCAAAUGCAUGUAUGUUGAGAACUGCGACACCAACUCGUCCCUCCGUAAAGCAAUCUCGCACAUUUUUGGCCGGAACAAACUGUGCACUCGCAUGAUUCCUGCACACGUCUGGGUGCAUUAUUGCCGAAAGCACUACCAACGAAGCCGAUACCGCAAUGCUCAAGAAUAUGCCAAGCUGCAAGCGGAGCUUGUGCAGCGACAAGUCAUGCGGAUUCAGGCCUGGAGCGACUGCAACAAAGCCUCAGGGCAAGGCAGCGUCGUUUCGAACUGGUCAAUCUCGAUGCGCAAGCGGGAGCAGAAUCGAGUGCAAGAGAAGUCAAAGAAGAGAUCCUUGACCGGCGAGAGCGAGGAAGAUGACGACUGCGCCGACCGCGCUGUUGCCAAUGGUACAGCAGUGCCUGACUGGCUCCGUGAGAAGUGCGGCGAGGGCUAUAGCACUUCGGAGAUUGAGGCCAUCACUUCUCGCCUCAAGGAGAACGUUGACAAUGGCACAUUGGCGCAGAUUCCCGAUAUCGAGAUCCUGCCAAACAUAAGUGCAGAUUCGGCCGAAGAUGGACGCUCUCGCAGCAUGUCGAAGCGUAAGCCUAGCACUCUUGUUGCCCAUCGCCGAGCGCAGUCGGUCACCAUCCGAGUGUGCCCUCCUGUCAAUGACUACCCGGAUCGAUCCGCCAUCCAUGCGAUUCCAUUUGUCCGGACUAGCGAAGCAGGCGAGAUGUUUCCCGCUCGCAAGAGGCACAGGGCCGGCACGGCUUCUUACAACGGAUUCUGUUAUACGACUCAAGACCUGGUGCCGCCUGGACAAGUGCAUCGACCAGCCCCGGUUACGCCUUUGUCAUACGGGCUACCUCACCGGCCUGCCGUGACUAGCGUACUUGACAACUACUGCACUUCACCUUAUGACGAGAACUCGCCUAGACAUUCUGGCGGCUAUACUCCUCAGCGGCCAGCGCUUGCUGUACAACAAGCUCGUCUUCCGUUUGCUCGCCCUCUCUCACCACCAGCAGGAAUGGACAGAUCGCGACGCAUGUCUCACGGUCGCUCGCACUCGGAGCUGUCGGGGUUCACCUACCACAGCAACGAAUUCACUUUCCGCAGCCCGCCACCCUCCCACGCGAGUCCAUUCACGGACAGACACCGACUUGCAAGCUCGUAUGGCUACGACGCCACUCACUUGAGUCCUCUAGAGGCUCACCACCAGGCCCCGAGAAGUGCCUGCGAGCAGGGUCAAGGCAUACACAGACUGCCUCCUUGGACAUCCCAGUCUUCGGGCGGCCAGGUGGCCUCGGACCCGGCAUUCUUCACCUUGCAUCGCCACGCGCGUAAUCUGAGCACGCCCGUGGCGUUCAGGGAGAGCCCGCCACUGGGUGGCUCACCGUACGAACAACAUGCCUGCUACCAACACGCAUGA